AAAACCCAAAAUGAAAAAAAAGUAUAUGCAUUAAAAGAAAACAAUAAGAGAAGAGAAAUGGAAGAGAAGUCUAGGAGGGCAAAGCUUGCAAAAGAGAAAGCUGAACAAGAAAAAUUAGAACGCCAGAAGAAAAAGAAACAACUCAUUGAUAUAAGCAAAGAGGGUGAUGAGACUGGCGUGAUGGAUAAUCUUCUAGAAGCCCUGCAGUCAGGUGCAGCAUUCCGAGACCGCAGAAAGCGGAUUCCAAGGAAUCCAGUAACAGAUAAAGCCACACUAUGAAAAUUGAUCUCAGGGGAAGAAAAAACAUAAAAGAAGUAAAACAACCUGCCUCACUC